AUGGCCCCAAACGCUCCUUAUGAAAUAUGUUUUGUACCCAAGAGCAGAGAAGAAGAGGAAGAAGAUGAGAAAAUCUACAGGAGAUACAAGGAAAUUACUGCUACUACACUUCCUAUAGCAAAAGGUUUAUUAGGUGAACCGAUGUACCAGUAUCAAGGCUUUUGGUACUGCUCUAGACUUGUUGGUGUUGGACCAUUGGCAGUUCAAGACCACUUCAAGGCAAGAGCCAGUGACAUUCUUAUUGCUAGCAUCCCCAAGAGUGGCACAACCUGGCUGAAUUCGCUUGCCUUUGCUGUCAUCAACCACAAAUAUCAUCCUCCUUCAGCUCAGCAACAACACCCUUUGCACAAAUUCAACUCGCACGAUCUCGUGCCAAUGUUGGAGAUGAGACUAUAUAACAACAACUUGAAUGGUUAUCGAAUUCCUAACCUCGAUAUCCUUCCAUCACCUAGACUGUUUGGCACACACAUGCCUUGCACAUCACUAUCACAAUCUAUAGCACUUUUAGGCUCCCGGAUUAUUUAUAUCUGUAGGAACACCAAGGAUAACCUAGUUUCUUGGUGGCAUUUUCUGAACAAAAUAAGGAGUGAUCUUUCCUUGGAGCCUAUGAAAUUAGAAGAUUUCUUUGAGUUGUUUUGCGAAGGAAUGUCUACAUUCGGGCCAUUUUGGGAUCAUGUGUUGGGUUAUUGGAAAGAGAGCUUAGAGAGGCCUCAAAAUGUGCUAUUCCUUAAGUACGACGAGAUGGUAGCUGAACCAGCUUUUCACUUAAAAAGGAUUGCAAAGUUUAUGGGCUGUCCCUUCUCCUCAAUGGAAGAGGAGGAAGGAUUAGUUGGUGAAAUAAUAAAGCUCUGCAGUUUCGAGAAUUUAAGCAAUUUGGCAGUGAAUAAAAAGGGAAGUAGUGAUCAUACUGGUUUUCCUAACAGUGCCUACUUCAGGCAAGGUAAAGUUGGUGAUUCGGAAAAUUACCUCUCGCUUGAGAUGAUGGAGCAGCUUGACCGCAUCACAAAGCAAAAAUUGCAUGGUUCGGGAUUGACACUAUAA